CCUUUUUGUGCUUUUCUGUUGUUUGAUUAAUUUGUAGCCAUUGUUCUUUUUUUUUUAAUUUUCUACCCACUAUCCAGAAUUCUUUUGUCUGAAAUGUACUUCCCCUUUUGGGUUUAAGCCUUGAUUUCAAGGGUUUUUGGGAUCUUAUUCAAAUCUUUCAUAAUGGAUAUGCUUCAAAGCUGAAAAAUUGGAAGAAUGAUCAAAGUUACGGUUCUUUUGAUUUGUGGGUUUUGACGGUAUUUGAAAUGACUAUUUUGGGCAUGAGAUUGAGAUUGAGUUCAAGAUAUAUUUGAAGAUAUGAUUUAUGGUUUCUUUUGAAUUUGCUUUGGAAUCACUUCAUUGAGAUCUGGUCACUGGUGGGACACUGCCAUUUCCAUCAUCAUUUGUGCUUUGUUUGGCUUGAAAUGAAAGAAUUGUGAAUAUAUAGGUAGAUGGGUCAAGAUUUAGAGCUGGAUUUUGAGAAAUAUUGUGUUGUAGAUGGAAGUCCGAAAACCGUUCUUCUAUCUCCUCGUCAUUCUAAAGUCGAAAAGAGAAAAGCUAGAAAGAAACCCAAAUGUAGAAAUGAAGUAUUGUUGAGUCAUAUCAACGAAUUUACAGAGAUUAGUUUACAUUGCUACCGGAGUGCAUCAUGUCGAGCUGGUCAGUCAACUAGGUCGGGAGUCGAUGAAGCACGUAAAAGGGGUUCUGUAUAUCAAAGUUCGAAAGAAGUAGGUAAAAUGGAUAAGAUCAGUGAGAAAGAAUUCAAAGGGAGAAAAAAGAUUGAAUUUUCAAGAAGUGAUGCUCCAUUUCCGUUAGAAAUAUUUGAUUCGUUGUGUAGUUCGGAUGAGGAUGAUGGCUCGUUAGGCUCACUUUCGAGUUCGUUUCUAGAAAUAUCGCGGGAUUCGAUCAAGAAACAGACUUUGAACAAAUCUUUGUCUUCUAGAUUGGAACUUCCUCAUUCUCCUACCAAAUCAGAAAGCGAUUCAUCGAAAACUAAUAGUCCGAGGACCCGUUUCAGCCCGUUCAGAAAGAUGUUUGAUCCGUUUGUGAAGUCAAAAUCUCAGAAAAGCCCGUUAGGAUCCGUUGCCAAAGAACCUGAUCAUGAAGCAACAUCAUCUAGACCGAAUACUAGGAACAUUACUUCAAGAAAAUCUUUGAUACAAGAUUUCUCUAAUGCGGAUUGUGAUUCAAGAUUUCUCGAGAAAGAUUCUUGUAGCUCGAUUAUGUCGUCCUUGUCUUCGUCUUCACCUGCUCACUUGAACGGGGUUCUGAAACUGGGAAACAAGAACCGGAUGCCGUUUUUUGAAUUCUCCGUAAAGAAUCCAAACGAUGUUUUGGUGGCAAAGACAUGGAAAGUGGGAAAUGGUUGCGAUUGGGUGUAUACCUUUCACACUUCUCAGAAUCGACAAAAAGGGUUUAAAGAUCACAUGAUGGUCGGCCAGAUGCGGGUUUCUUGUUAUUUAUGUACAGAAUUAGUAAACUCCGGAGCUUUCGAUAACUCCAUGCUCACCGAGUUUGUAUUGUACGAUCUUGCACGCCCAAAACAAUCCGGUUCUCGAAUACUCGAUUGUUUAAUUUCUAAAGAACACUCUCCAGACAAAACUUGUGAGUCAAACGACGUAUUAGAUCAAGAAAACGUUGAUUUCCAACCUCGAUUUGCAGCAGAUUUGCCUCCGGAUCUUGAAACUGCAGCCAUUGUUAUACAGUUUCCGUCUGAGAAAAGAGAGAGUUUGAAAUACAACGGAGGAGACCAGAAACAAGGCGAUUUGCUUACUUUUUCUAGAACGAAGCUAGAAAAGAACGAACCCGCUUCUGAUUGCUCAAGUCCAGGAAAAGUGAGCGUUGUGAUCUCUUCGGGAAACCACGGUGUUCCGAGUGAAGAAAGCCGUGGGCCCUCACCAUUACUCGAUCGAUGGCGGCUAGGCGGAGGUUGCGAUUGUGGAGGGUGGGAUAUGGGAUGCCCUCUUGUUGUUUUUGGCAAUUCUAAUAUUCAAAAAGAGGAAGCCUGCAAGCAGCCUGUUAAAUUUUUCCUAAAGGGAACUAAAGAUAAUACGCCAGCGUUAACCAUGAAAAUGGCCGAAGACGGGCAAUAUUUAGUCGAUUUCCACGCACAGCUAACUUCACUACAGGCGUUCUCCAUUUGUGUUGCAAUCUUGCACAGUACAGAAGUGUCGGUAGUCGUUGCUCGUGAUAAGGACCGAGAACGGUUGCAAUGUGAUUCUUUGCGAGUCUUUGUUGAGGACGAAGUCAAACACUUGAUCGACGCCGUGGCAGAGGAGGACAAAAGAAAACCAGCCAAGAACGAAAUCUCCCCUUCGUUUCUAGUCAACCCACCGUUUUCGCCAAUGUCUCGUGCAUGAAACCGAGACCAAACACGGGUAAAACCGACGCUCGAGAAAGUCAACUGUCGAUAAGUCAAAGAUUGAUACAGGCAGAUGUUUCAUGUUGUUGGUGACUUGUGAUGGGUUUUUUUUCUUCUUAUUUUUGGGUAUUUUAUAUGAGAUUUUAUGGAAUUUGUUCCUAAAAAAUGAUUAGUUUUAGAAGAAAUUUUUGUAUCUCUCACUUUUGGAUUUUGAAAUU